GCGGGCAGUUUGCCUCCUGCCGGGUGCUGCGGGUGACGUGGGCCACGGGCAGCCUCGGGACAGCCUGCUAGUCCCACAGUCCAGCCUCCGUCCUGCCGCACCGACAGGCUUCUGUGUCCCGGCCACGACUGCGGAGUCCCUCAGCUCCUUGGCAGGUCCAGAAUCUUGACCAAGGACUCCAGAGGAUGGAGGCCCCCCGGUGGUGGCUGCUGGUCCCUGCGCUCCUGGCUGUGGGCCAUUGCCUGGCUCUGGCCAACCAGGAGGAUUCUGGCGCCAUGGACCCCAGCCCCCCAGACGUCCCUCCCGGGCCGGCCCUGCCCUGCCACAAGCUCUCCGUGAGCAACAUAGACUUUGCCUUCGACCUCUACCGACAGCUGGCCUCGGAGGCCCCCGGGGAGAACGUCCUCUUCUCCCCCGUGGGCAUCUCCUGGGCGUUGGCCAGGCUCUUCCUCGAAGCCCCCGCCGCCAGCAGGGCCCACCUCCUGGAGGGCCUGGGCUUCAACCUCACCCUGGUUUCCGAGGCCGAGAUCCAGGAGGGCUUCCGGGACCUGCUGCGCAGGCUCCCCGUGCAGGGCCCCCAACUCCUCCUGAUGCUGGGCCAGCGCAGGUUCAGCGGCCUGGGCCCGGGGGCUGCCCAGGACCCGGCGGGGGCCCAGCACAGCAUCCGGGAGUAUGUAGAGAAGCAGACCCGGGGGCAGCUUGGCGCCUGGGUGGAGGAACUCAGCGAUGCCACCGAGGAGGUCCUGGUGAGUCACCUGCUCCUCAGAGCCGGGUGGGCGCGACCCUUUGACCCGAGAGCCACCAGCCUGAAGAAGUUCUUUGUGGACGAGCACAGGGCCGUGCCGGUGCCCAUGAUGCGGCAGAAGGCUCGCCACCGCUUCCUGCAUGACCCCGAGCUGCAGUGCACGGUGCUGCAGAUGGAGCAUGCCGCCAACGCCACCACCUUCUUCGUCUUCCCACAGCGGGGCCGGCUGGGGCAGCUGGAGGACGCCCUGCUGGCCGAGACGCUGAUCAAGUGGGACAGUCAGCUCAGGACCAGGUAGUGCGCACAGCAGGGCCGGGGACU